AUGGACUAUUCGGACAGGGUGAAUGCUAAGAAAGGAGGUGGUGGUGUGGCCGAUACGCAGGAAACCAAUGUCCACACCAAAAGGAGAUUGAAAGAGUUGCUUACGUCUGAAGUGUUGGAUUUGGAGAACGAUCCGUAUGUUUUCAGAAACCAUCUCGGACUAUUGGAAUGCCGUCUUUGCUUGACGACCCAUACUAAUGAGUCGUCCUACAUAUCACACUUGGGGGGCCGGAAGCAUACCCUGAAUUUAGAAAGACGGAGAAUCUUGGAUGAAAAAUAUAAUCGUAAGAACAACGCCAAUGGCCAGAGAGCCGAUGGGGGUGGAGUCAAUGGGAUUACAAUCAAUAACAUUGUUAAAAGGACAUGGAACAAGAUUGGAAGACCGUCGUAUAAGAUCACCAAGGUACGUGAUCCCACGAGUCUUCAGAUGGGGGUGCUUAUCAACGUGAAGUAUCCAAGCAUCACCACCAAGGAACCAUUAUUUCUCAUUAUGUCUUACUAUGAGUUGUCUGCGUCCAAUCAAACCCAAUCUGCCGAGUAUUUUCAAUCUUUCAAGAAUGAAGAAGAUGAAGACGGCGGACUAGAUCCAAAGCAAUGGCAGUACGUUGUUUUCUCCGCCCAGCCGUACGAGAACAUUGCCAUUGCCAUCCCUGUUGAUAAAGAGAUCGAUCGGCCUGCCGAAUCAGACGAGAUGACCAAGAGCUAUUGGUGGUUCUGGGACGAAGAUACAAAAGAGUUCUUCUUGCAGCUUUUAUUCAAGUAG